AUGGAAAAGUACAUCAAGGAUAAUAAUGGUCAACCGGCGAAUAGAAUCAAUGGGAUCAUAUCAGGACUGUUCUUCUCGGCACGUGUAUAUGCUGAUGGCUCAUUGCCAACUCAAUCGCCGUUUGGUAACGUUCGAAUGAUGGUACCUCCUAAUGCACUACUGGAUCCGACCAUUAAUAAUUUCUAUUUUGCUGACUUUUACUGCAAUUACUACACGCACUACGUGACUGUGGUUAUAUGCCGAAAAGGAUCGGAAACGGACAGUUAUUGCUACAUGAAGCUUCACCAAAUGGAUCCUGAGGACAACCCGUUUUUAACGGUAAGCGCUCCACGCCAUGGACAUUAUGCUCCAACGUAUUUUGUGAACAGCGGCGUGUGGGUCGAGAUCUACUACACCGAAGACGUACCGUUGUGGUUAGGUCGAUUCGACAGUAUUCAAACUACAGGCGCUGGAACAUCGAAAGUCGGAGGUCUUCCUAACAACAAGCACUGUGAGCGGUGCAAUCUGUACCCGGUACCAUAUCCAGACGAGCUUAAUCCAUUAGAUAAGGAGUACUAUGAAGAACGCUUUGGCGUGGCUGAUAUUACUGUAGCGGAAGAUCCUCUAAACUCUACAUUCCGCGUCCUUAUUAAUGAGAACAAAUCCGACCUUACCGAGGACUGGGAGGACAUCAUCGAGGUUAUCUGUGGUAUAGUGGAUCAAGUGUGUGAAAUGGACAAGGAAGAGCAGUCCAAGGACCCAAUCGCUUCAUCGGACGCCAGAAUUGACGCAGCGUUUUUGACAAUGGAUAAAGAAUUGGAGAAAUGUCGGGAUAUAAUGGUCAAGAAGGCGGCCGGUCUUCUCAAGGAAGUUGUCGCGAGCAUAAGAACAGACCGAUCAGUUCUGGAGCAAUCGAUAAAAGUUGUGAACGUGCUGCAAAACUUGCAGCGCCCUCUGCUGCUCAACAACGGCGUGUCACGUGGUGCUGAUGCUGCUCGAUAG